AUGAAAGUAAGGAGGUUGGGAAAUAGAAGAAACUAAAAAUGUGCACAUCAUGUACCACGGUACGCAUCCUAUUUCUUUUACAGACAUGAUAAUCGAAUUUUUGUGGAGAAAUCUGUUUAUAAAAAGCAUGAGGACCCGUUUGUAAAACUGAUCGAAGCAAUACAAUAUUCUUAGAAACCCAAAAAAUACUGCAGAUUUACAAUCAACUCCCCGCUGAACAUCUCUGCAUACGAACUUUUAAGAUGGGGAUACACCUCUCUAUCCACCAGAAAAUAUUGUGUAGCUGUAUACCUGGACAUUGCAAAAGCCUUUGAUAAAGUUUGGCAUAAAGGAUUUUUGCAUAAGCUCAUACGAAUCUUUCCACAAAACUACUUUGAACUUUUGAAGAGCUACAUAACUGAUCGAAAAUUUUAUAUAAGAUAUGAAGACGAAUAUUCCGAUAUCCUAUCAAUGACAUCUGGAGUACCGCAAGGUAGUGUAUUAGGUCCUCUUUUAUAUCUAAUAUACACCGCAGAUGUGCCAACUCCGACAACAGAUAAUGCAAUGAUCGCUGUGGAUACUGUAUUAAUGGCAUCAAAUAAUGACGAAAAAGUGGCGACCUUUACACUUCAAAAAUUAAUAAACAAUACAGUAAACUGGUUUGACGAAUGGGGUAUAGAAGUUAAUACAGACAAAACUAUACAAGUUAUAUAUACAAACAAAAAGACAUCAAAAUUUAAUCUUACUUUAAAAAACAACAAAAUAGAAAUCUGCCCAGCAGCAAAAUACCUUGGUUUAAACUAUUGUCGAAAAACUGACAUGGAAACAGCAUAUCAUUAACAAAAGAAAUCAAAUUAAGAAUAAGUACCGGCAAUUAAGUUGGCUAAUCGGACCAGCAUCAGAACUAUCACUUUAUAAUAAGGUGACUAUAUACAAAACAAUUAUUACUCCUAUCUGGAAAUACGGAAUAGAAAUAUGGAGAACGGCUAAAAACACAAAUCUUCAGCUCAUACAGCGAACACAAUCCAAAAUAUUACGAAAUAUAAUAAAUGCUGGUUGGUUUAUUUCCAAUAAAGCCAUACAUCGUGACUUAAACAUAGACAUAUUCCAAGAAACAAUCACAAAAUGUAGCACUAAGCAUAUACAGCAACUGUCAGUCCACCAAAACGAACAAAUGCGUAAAUAGUACCGACAGAAAAUAUUAAACGAAGAUUAAAGCGACUCACACCGACUGAUCUAACUAUAAGAUGUACAUUGUACAAUAAUUACAAAAACAAAAAAAAAAUAGUACUAACAGAUUCUUCUUACAUUGGUAAAAGAACAUAAUAUACACUAAUUGUACAAAAAUAACAUAUUGUUAAUAUAUAACAAACUGUAAUAAAUAAAGGGGAUAAAAACAAAAAAAACCAAAACUUUUGUGUGAACAAGGAAGACCACUAAGGUAAGCGGAGUGAAGCCUGUGGCCAAGCCAGGGCCUAACUCCCGCUCCGUCCCUUCUGGGACUGCCUCUACGGCAGCGAGACCUUUCACUGGCAACAAUCCCAACCCUGUCCUAAGACAAGUUGAGGAUGACACACCAUCUACGUCUGGUGCCAGCAAUAUACCCCCCCUCGCAACAAAAUCCUUGGGAAGCAAGAGCUGCCCUGUCAAAAGACAAGCAGACCUUGCUGUCCCUGUCACUCCAGGUGGCACGGGAACUCCGAAAGGAGAAACACCCCCCUCAACGUCGGCAGCAUCGGACCACAUGGCUAAGCCAAUGGCUUCCGAUGUCUGCCCUUCUGGCACUAUCACUGCCCCGGGUAGUACACACCCCCGGAAGCAAAUAAGUGCAUCAGAAAGGUACUAUCGUACCAGGCGAUCGGCCUUCAGAAUCCUGGAGAGACUGAAGGACACUAGAGAAGAGGAUCUGACGGAGGAACAGUCAGACUCCAAGGCGUGGGCUGAAGCCUUCAUUACCGAACACCGGGAGAAGGCCAAAAUGGACUCCGCACAAGGCAAGCGGAAGAGAUCGAGUGAAGGGACAUCGGCUGAAGCCAAACGAACUAAGGUGUCCGCCACUCAAAUGACUAAAGUCACUCCGAAGAGGUCUUUCGCGGAAGUAGCGAAAGGAAGCCAUGUACGGGCAGUGAUUGAUCGCAGUUCCCAUGAUGGUGCGAUCUCUCAAGCAAACUGGGACUUAAUCAAUAGGAGCCUCUGGAAGGUGUAUAGGGACAUACUGAAAGAAAAUCCAGGACCUCCACCCAGCUGCUCGGAUGCGGGAUGGUUUCAAUCCCGCGUCAAAUUAAUGGACCUUUACACCCUAGCGAUUAAUCGCAUAGGGGAACCUUGGCCGGGGGCCCGCCUUGAUGUGGUCCGCCGAGAAGACAUUCCCAACCGGCCAAGAUCUAGAGCCUGGAUACCAGACUUCCAUUCGGAUCCAGAGGAAGUCCUGGAUCUAAUAAAGCUAGGCAACCCCGAACUACCUACCAGCGACUGGAAGGUAGCAAAGAUUGGCGAAGUGGACGGCAAGAGGAGACUGGCCGUGAUAAUCCUCAAUGAGGAAUCUUUGGACCCACUUGCCAACAGGAAAUGGAAGAUUAAUUACGGCUUCCAAACGCUGACUCUCCAUGUCUACAGACAGGAUGUAGCUAGCAAGAGCACCUCCGCAGAAAAUAUAACUUCAUCAGCGGAAGUGAACGAGGUUGUCACAGACAACGAUGGGGUGGCUUCCAACUCCGGCAUGGUAGGCGAACUCUUCGAAAGGGUUACCUUAGAGGACAUGGAGUGGGAAUACUCCGAUCUCUCUGCUAUGGAGGAUGAGGAGUCUCUCCCCCCUAUAUCCGAUGAAGAGAACGCAGACCAAACCGUGGUUGGCUGCCCUUCAAUAACCUACAAUAGCGAUGGUGAAGAUUGUACAAAUCAAUCUCCACCACAGUAAGGCGGCCUCAGCCGCACUCAUCCUCCGUCUCGCAGAAAGAGAAGAGGAUAUCGUGCUCAUCCAAGAACCAUGGGUCGUAAAAGAUCGGGUUUGCGGUUUGAGCAGCAGAGAGUACAAAUUGGUUUAUGUCACUGACAAAGCGAUGCGGGCAACGUAAUCACGGCAGUGAAGUCCUGCGGAAGGACGAUAUGGCUUGCCUCAUCCUAUAUGGCACACGACGCGGAGCAACCACCUCCAUCACAACUCAUAAGAGACGCAGUUCAUGAAGCAUCGAGACGUGGCACCCCAUUCAUAUUCGGAGCAGAUGCUAAUGCACAUCAUCAUGUCUGGUGCAGUUCAGACACAAACGCACGUGGUGAGUACAUCUUUGAAUUCAUUAUGUGUAACAAUCUUUAUAUUAGUAACAUAGGUGAUACC